GAUUGAACCUUACAUUUUAUUCAUUAUCAAUGCAAGCAAUAAUUUUGACGCAUACUGAACCUGCCGAAUUAUGCCAGCUCUCUGUGAAAAACUCUUGCUGUUCCUUGCCUUUUGGGAGUUCUACAGUGCUUGAAAAUCUUCUGCAUCGUUUCAUGGACAGCGAUAUAUCUGACAUUUUGAUCACACACAAGGAAUCACAGACAACAUAUUUUGAACAAUUAACCGCUAUGUACCGUGAAUGUUUACCUCCCCAUGUGUACAUAAAGCUAGUUGUCAUGCCCUCCGGGUGUUCCAUGACUGAAUUGUUCAGUCGCAUUCGUUCCCACAUUACAAUGGAUUACGUUUUCUUGACCUAUUCAACUACUGUACUAACCGAUCUUGAUUUGCGAAGUGUGUUCCUCUCUCUUAUCCGGAACAACGCUGCAGUAACUGCGGUGUUUUGCGGCCUACCGUGUUCGGAAAGCAAACACUUCAAGGCCCUUCCUCGCGAGGUGGUCAUCACAUCAAGGUCUGGUACUCAGUUGCUGGGCCAUUACUCUCCAGCGGACAUUAAGAAACAGACUUCUAUUCCACGCUCUCUGACAUCUCAGGGAGCCGCGUUUCUCGCCCGUACUGAUCUUCGGGAUUUACGGUUCUACCUGUUAACCAAGUCCACUAUUGAAGCCUUCAUUCGGCUUCGUGAAGACUUUCCACACAAGAAGAAAACCAUUUGGCAGCUAAUUGAUCUCAUUUCUGUGGAUGCAAAUGGCACAACUCAUACUGCUUCAGACUCUCCCGAAGAAAACAUGGAUCGGAUCUCCGACCAAGUGGAUGCGUUUUAUCGUUGCAAUAAGAAAUCCUCUGGCACAUGCAUGUACGAGCAUAAGACCCAAAGGAUUUCCAUCCAGCUUAAUGAUCCAUUGUCGUUUGUGGAAGCUAAUCGUAUUGUGAGUCCAACAGCAAUGUUGCCCAUUUCUUCCAUCAUCGGUUUAAGUCUUUCAAGGGCUUCGAACCGCGUGUGCACAUUUUUCACUGAAACUUGCUUUCACAUCCAGCUGCUUUCUUUACUGUGUUGGUCGGUUUAG